CACGCGGUCGGAUCGCUUACUACCAAGUGAACAGCAUCGAGCGUCCUCUGACAACAACGAUUACAUCAAUGGACUACCCUGACUCACGAUGGAAUAUCGUCAAAUAUCGUGCCGAUGAUCCCUCCGCCGCUCACCACCCUUCUCAUCCCCGUGACAAAGCGAAGCUUGUGGAGGGGCAAAGGGAACCUAAUGAUCCUUGCCUAAUAUCUCUGAAAAUAGAGAACACUCUUGCUUUCUCAGGCUCCCAUAUCAGACCUUGGAUUCUGAAGCUGCUGCAACACCUGCGAAUGUUCGGCGAGUUGAAAGGGAUCAAUCUUUCCUCUACGAUCAUGAUCAGGUUUGCCAAAGCAGAACAAGCCGUUACAGCUUUGCAAGCUAUACAUAGUCCUGCAUUUUCGUCCAUUGCCAACGAGGGAGCAAAUACGAGUUAUUACGAUAUGCCGUCAAAUCCUGACCAGGUUCCACAUCCAUCUGGUUCUACGCGUGAACUCGAGCUUAUCAGGAAAGUCGAGGACCUGCAAGCUCAUGUUCGUGACUUAAGGCGUGAAAGGAUGCUACGACAAACUGCGGAUUCUCAAGCAUCUGAAUCGCUAAACGCUCUCCGUGAGCAGCUCUCGCUCGCGCAGAGCCAUGCAGAUGAAGAGCAUAAGCAAUCAGAGUGCUAUAAGACUGAGCUGGAGAACGAAAUUACGCAAUCUGCGAGCCUGCGCCGCCGAGUCGGUGAAAUUGAGCUGGACCUGGCUUCCCGAAACCAGGACUAUAUCGAGGAAUCUGAUGAACUCAAACGGACCAUCGACGACAUGAAGACGGAUCUGGAUGCCAGGGAUUUAAAGCUGGGUGAUCUCGAACAGAGGAAUAAAGAGCUUGAGGAUUUGCUUGGGGUCAAGGACCGGCAACUGAUGGCCUCCGAGGGGAAACGCCAGAUGGAUGUAUCCAAGUGCUGUGAGAUGACCUGCGAGAUCGACCAACUACGAAAGUCGCUUUUAGAGAGGGAUCGUCAAACGGAGGUGCUCGUUGCAGAGCGAGAUGCCAUGAGGCUUGAAUCAGAAAAGUGGAACAGGGAGAAGAAUAACUUUGAGGCCAGGAGGAAGGAGUUGGAAGAUAAGAUGGCUCGCUGCGAUUUGAAGACGGCAGCGAAGGAUAGCUUGGUCAAAGUCCUGCAUGCAAAGGUCGACGAGCUCAAAGAGAAGAACAAGACAUGUGGGGCCACAGCUGUCGGCCUAGAGACCCGUAGGCUUGAUUUGGAGGCGAAACUGGAUGUGGCUAUGAAGGUGAAGGAAGUGGCGGAGAAGGAGGUAAAGACGUUGCGCGCCAAAGCCGUGGUGACGCGGAAAAACCUUUCCAUGGGUUUUGAUGAAACCAAGAAGCUGUCUGACGAGGUCAGGGCAUUGCGCACUCAGUCAAGAAAUAAGGAUAUCGAGAACAGCCGCCUUCUGGUGAGCAUAGCUUCGCUCCAGAGUGACCUUACCACGCUCCAGCGAGAAAGGGAAAAGGAAAGCAGGCAUAGAAAUGUUUGGUCCGACAAAAAGGCCAUUGUACGGGCUCAGAGAUGCUUAGAAGAGUUUGAGGAGACUUCGUUCUCGCGCCAGAGGAAGCCGUUGACUUUUGAGGAUGUUCCCUGGCCGGUGUUGACGGAUGUGUCGACGUUGGGGCCUAGAGAUAUCACCAAGAAGAAGAUUAGUAAAUUCUUUGCGGUGGCAGAAGAAUCGCUGGGCAAUGAGAGGUAUUGGGAUAUGUUGGAGAGGAUGUACGAAGCAUUCAAAAAACAGAGGUGGGAGAAAAGGGGACUUUUGGAUAGCAUCGCCGAUGGACAGCUUUGUGGCGAGCUGGAGCAUGCAAGGGAGAUUAUCUGGGCGGCUGUUAAACCGCUGUGGAAAGACUGAGUUAGGUCAGGGCUGAAGCUGAGUGCUGACUUGAAAUAUUCCAUUCGAACAUAUUUGUAAAAUAGAUGUACCGUGCAUGCAGAAUCUAUACUAUUGCCUGUUGUAUGAGUAUGAAGCCUGAGAAGGAAGGGAAUAGGCUUUAUAAUUCUUGACUUAUUGGCGAUGUAUUUUGCUGCUGAUGAAGAGUCUGGAGGAUC